UGCUUUCCACUACUCCCGUACGAUAGCUCUGGCUUUGCUUGCCACAAACACAUUUCUCUUACUGGUCACUAUGAGGCUAGAAAUGCAGCGCACCGAACCCAGGCGAAUUGUUUUGCGAUUCCGUGUGGAUCACGAGCUGGAAGAAGCAGCUAUCAUUCAUGACUUCUUCACUACAUUCAGGCUAAACCCUGGCGACGACUAUUAUUCCCAUCUCAUGGCUCCAAAUGAAUCAACAUCGAUGCACAUUGUCCUCGACAUGCAUUGCAAGACCAAUCCCACGGCCGACCUUGAAACAAUGGCUUAUGAGGUUUUCAAGGUGAAGAAGAAUACCAAAUUUCACUUUCAACAACGUGGUAAUGCAUGCGAUUACGCCCGUGAGUGCUGCCGACGGGUUCUUUGGGGGACUGACCGUCAUCAAUCCGAUGAAUUAUCUGGUGUUACUUUCUUGCAGACAGGACAAUCUCCUGCCACAUUGGUAUCCUGAGGCUGAAUACUCAGUGGCAAAUCCCUGAGCUGACCGCUGGGAGGGACACAGGGUGCUUGAUUGCGACGUGCCCUGGCUGCAGCACACCGAAGAUAGUCCCCGCGUAUGUUGUGUCGAGGCCUCCUCGAGCAAGCGCGAUAAGUUGUGCAGGCAAUUUCGCACAUUUUUAAAAGGAUUGAAAGGCUCUUUAGAGAUCUAGUGGAUGGAUCGCGACUACUCUGACCGGGGCGACUGCCAGUAUAUAACGGUUAGGACCAACUAUGAUCAAUGUGCAGUCGAAGUUGUGG